GAAACAUCUUAUUAUAAAAAAAUGGGACAUUUAGAACUUAUUAUUGCUCGUUAUUCAUUACCUAGUACUACUAUUAUAUACAAGCACAAGCAAAAGAAGAUACUUAAUUACGACAUUCAUCUUCUUCAUCAAAAAGUGAAACUUAUCCCUUCCCAUAUUCGUACAUUCAGAUUCUUUUCAACGCUCACCUACAAAAAAAAAAUAUGCGAGUCGAACUCGCCAGCAUAGUACCAAACAUUCGGAAAUUUCCCAACCGCCCUUCACUGUCAAGAUCCAUAAUAUCACAACCCCAACUUAAAUAAAAAUUACUAAAAAAAAUCCCCAGCCGUUAAUUCCUGUCCGAAAAAGGGCAAGAAUAAAAAGGUACUAGUAUUAAAGUGGAGUUCUUGCAGAGAUUUGUUUGGGCAGUCGCAUAAAAAAGAUGGCCGGUAAUUUUGGGUCGUUGAGACAGAGCUUUGUAGAGAGAGGGAAAGAGCGGCUGCUGUCGAGAAAGUACUACUCGGAGGUGGAAUUGGACGACUACUACGUCAGACAUGAGGGCUGCUUCCACUGGCUCUUCCGAAUCAUGGGAGAGAGCUUGUCGAGGUGGUGGAAGAGUCUCGAGGAGAUUGCAGUUAGCGCCUACCAGAUGGGAAGAUCCGACCCGAGAAAGGCCAUGUUCGCCGCCAAAAUGGGCUGCGCUUUGUCUCUCGUUUCUCUCCUCAUCUUUUUCAAGGAGCCCUCCACUUAUAUCACCAAGCAUUCCAUCUGGGCCAUUCUCACCGUUGUAGUUGUUUUCGAGUUCAGCAUAGGGGCUACAUUAAACAAAGGGUUUAAUCGAGCUUUGGGGACUUUCUCUGCUGGUGCAUUAUCUUUGGGAAUUGCAGAAUUGGCAAAGCUUGCUGGAGAAUUUCAAGAAGUGGUGGUUGUCAUCAGUAUUUUCAUAGCAGGGUUCUUGUCUAGUUAUUUGAAGUUGCACCCGGCCGUGAAGCAGUACGAAUAUGGAUUUCGGGUAUUCAUGCUGACGUUUUGCAUAGUACUGGUGUCUGAUUCAUCGGAGUUUCUUCAAACCGCUGUUUCUAGAUUGGUGCUGAUCGCAUGUGGCGCUGGUGUUUGCUUGGUCGUGAAUGUAUGCAUUUUCCCUAUUUGGUCUGGUGAAGAUUUGCACAAGCUGGUUGUGAAGAACAUUAAAGGGGUUGCCACGUCUUUGGAAGGUUGUAUCAAUAUGUAUUUGCAAUGUGUUGAGUAUGAAAGGAUACCAUCAAAAAUCCUUAUCUACCAGGCUUCUGAUGAUCCUCUUUACAAGGGAUAUAGAACUGCUGUGGAGUCCACGAGCCAAGAGGAGACUCUGUUAGGGUUUGCUGUAUGGGAACCACCCCAUGGCCGUUAUAAAAUGCUGAACUAUCCUUGGGGCGACUACGUGAGAGUCAGUGGUGCUCUGAGGCACUGUGCUUUCAUGGUGAUGGCGAUGCACGGGUGUAUUCUUUCAGAAAUACAGGCACCUUCUGAACUAAGGCAGGUGUUUAGGGAAGGAAUUCAGAGAGUCGGGACCGAAGGAGCUAAAGUUUUGAGAAUGCUUAGUGAAAAAGUCGAAAAGAUGGAAAAAUUGAAUCCAGAAGACCCUCUUGCAGAUGUUCAUGAUGCUGCAGAGAAUUUGCAGAUGAUGAUUGACCAGAAAUCUUAUCUUUUAGUGAAUGCAGAUAGUUGGGAGAGCGAUAGACGGCCUGAGAAUUUUGAUCCGGAAAAGAUUCGUGAGCUCAAAGAGAAUGAAAACAAGCCAUUCUUGAUCAAGUCUCUCAGCUCAAUCAAUCAGCAAUCGACUCACACACUGCGAAACUACGAUGCAGUCAACGCAAACAGGAGCAUCAAUUUCUCCCGCUCCGAACUGGGUUCUGGAGAGGACGUCCUCAAAGAGCAGACCAUGUGGCCUUCGCGCCUCUCUCUCAUCGGUGAUGCCAUCCUCAACGAGCGUGAAGUCCGGACAUAUGAAAGCGCAAGUGUGUUGUCUCUAGCAACUUUUACUUCUUUGUUGAUCGAGUUCGUUGCCAGGCUUCAGAACCUGAUUCACUCGUUCGAGGAACUCAGCGAGAAGGCCAAGUUCCGGGAGCCGUUUGAGACGAUGGAAACACAAACCAGCACCGGUUUCUGCUCCAAAGUGCUCAAAUGCUUAUGCUGCAAAGACUAAUGCAGUCUCGAGAAUAAAUGGUUAUCACUUGUAUUACCAGUAAAACAAUUUUGUGAAAUAUGGCCAUAACACAGCUUUGGGGUGAAUAAUAUGCCCCAUAUAAAUCAAGCAGUUUGCUGUCUUUAGAAUUGCACUGGGAAGCAGGUUUUUGAAGUAAGCUCCCAGAAAGUUAUAGAAAAUGUAAUUCUUCACCAUUUCUUCACCUACUUUUUAUUGAAUCAAGCAAUGAGAAUGGUGUCUGUUAAUUCAA